CGCAGCAGUGUUAUUGACCUACUGGCGGUUUCUGUCAAAUUAUAGUUAGUAUGUUUAAAAAACGACAGCGAGUAGAAGAAGAAGAAGUCGAAGAGGAAAGAUAUUUUCUAAACCCGACGGCUGUUAGUAGACAUCUAUAUUGUUCCAUCUGUCAGGAGGUUUUCAUUGAGCCUCAAAGAGCUCCUUGUGGACAUAGCUAUUGUAAAAAGUGCAUUUUACCAUGGUUACAUAAAAGUAAAACAUGUCCCGAUGACAGAAAACCAGUUCAGAUUCAUCAGCUGCACUUUGAUUUCAUUCUGGCAAAUAUAAUAGGAGAUCAAAUGGUUGCAUGUCCAUACAGGAAGUCAGGCUGUCUUCACAUCGGUCAGCUGGAACAAUUGGCGUCACAUAAAAAAUCCUGUAAUUUCAACCCUAAGAACUUACCAGCAUUUCUCCUUGCAAAUAAAGAAAAUUUAACUGGUCAUGAUCCAACACCAAGCUCUUCUCAACAGUGUGUUAUUAAUUUAGAUGAAAGUGUGGAAGACGAGGACUCAGGAGAUGAAGAUGAUGACGACGUGUUACCGACACCGGCAAAACCAUCCUUAAAAAUGAGAUUAUUUCAAAAUGGUGGUGGUCAAAGAGAGUUACUUUGUUCUAUGUUUAAAAAUUCAUCCAAUAAAAGAUGA